AAUCUUCACACAUUGACAGAUCUGUGUCUGAUAAUGAUUGUGAUCUCAAUAUUGAAUCAUUGAUUGAGAACUUGAAGAAUGUGAUAAUGAAGAAAUUGUCUGUGUUAUGUGUGACUGAGUCUUCUGCAUCUUUCUCUGCUCUCUCUGUUUCUUUCUCUGUCACUCUCUCUCAAUCUUCUACACCUGUCUCUGUGUCUGGCUCUCCCGCUCCCGCUACCCCUGUUCUCGCGACUCUCACUCCUGUCACUUCUGGUUUUACUGUCUCUGCUUUCAUUAUCAGCUCUUCUCAUUUCAAGAAGAUGUUGCAUAGACUUAAUAAAUCAUGUUUCUCA